AUGUCUUUUCGAAAAGUUUCUUUGGUGCAUAUUCCUCGAAUUCAUAAUGAGAUUGCUAAUGAGUUAGCUCAAAUUGCCUCGAAGUAUCGGGUUGGUCCGGAAACUAUUAAGAAAUUAUCUAGUAUCCAUCAAAUUUUAGUACCAGCAAAUGAGAGAGAGGUGUUAUGCAUAGAUGAAUGGGAGGAUUCUGAUUGGAGAAAGCCUAUUGCUCGGUAUUUGAAAGAUCUCAAUAUUGCAGUUGAUAGAAAACUAAAGUUACAAGCAAUGAACUUCGUUUUAUUGGCUGAUGAGUUAUACAAAAAAGGGAUCGAUGGAAGUUUGUUGAGAUGUUUGAGUCGAGAAGAUCAAAACAUUGCUUUAGGUGAAGUUCAUAAUGGAAUAUGUGGUGCUCAUCAGGCAGGAAAGAAAAUGAGAUGGGUGUUAUAUCGCAAUCAUGUGUUUUGGACAUCUAUGAUAAAAGAUUGUAUCGAUUAUGCAAAGGCAUGUCAAGAAUGUCAGAAACAUGGUUCGAUACAACAGAUUCCAGUGGCUGAACUGCAUUCGAUAAUAAAGCCAUGGCCAUUUAGAGUUCCUUUGGUAGAAGUUGGUCAAACAGAGAUAAUUGAUUUUGUCGAAGAAAAUAUUAUUCAUCGAUUUGGAAUUCCUCAGACGUUAAGUACUGACCAAGGAACUAUGUUUACUGGUCAGCGAAUUAAAAACUUUGCGGCUUCAAGGAACAUUAGUAUGGUUACUUCAACUCCUUAUUAUGCACAGGCUAAUAGGCAAGUAGAGGCAGCAAAUAAGAUAUUGAUAGGCUUGAUUAAAAAGCAUAUCAGGAACAAGCCUCGAACAUGGCAUGAGACUUUAAGUCAAGUAUUAUGGGCCUAUCGGAAUUCACCAAGAGGUUCGACAAGGACUUCACCUUAUAAAUUGGUGUAUGACCAUGAUGCAGUGUUACCAUUAGAAAUUAAUUUGAAUACUUUAAGAGUAUCAAAACAGAAUGAUUUGCCAGUCGAUGAUUAUUGUAGUGCAAUGUUCGAUGAGUUAAAUGAGUUAGACUCGGAGCGAAUGUUAGCAGUUGAUAAUAUAAUUCGACAAAAAGAAAGUGUUGCUCGAAGUUAUAAUCGUCGAAUUAAGGAGAAAUAUUUCAAGACAGGUGAGUUAGUUUUGAAAGUUAUUUUACCAAUGGAAAAGAAAUCAAAAUUUCUUGGUAAAUGGUCCCAUAAUUGGGAAGGUCCCUUUCAAGUGAUAGGGGUAUUUUUGGAAAUGCUUAUCAGAUUAAAGACAUCGAGUUAG